AUGGAGCCUAAACCUUGCAAACCAUUAGAACUGAAUAACCUAUUGAUAAAAAACGUGAACACUUGGGGUAAUGUGCAAUAUAACAUACCACUGAGACUCUCCAGUAAUGAGACUAGGACUGCAACAAGCGUGGGACUUCGGCACAUACCUCCUAUACCUCACAGCAUGGAUUGCAAAAUAGACGAGCCACUCCCAAAACGCGUGACAGGCCGCGACAUGGUAACAGAGAAGGAAACUUACAAGACCACCACGGGGGAGUACUGCGUCAAACCCAACCCGAACAAGGCCAUGGAACGAUCUGACUGCGCUAUCAACUGCCGAAGAGUCAGCUUUAUGACGGGAGUUGAGAAACGGUUGCAAGGCAAGAGUAUAGUGCAGCCGAUCAUGAUAUCAGAGAUGAAAGACAAUUUCCGGGGUAUACAGAAACCGCCGUUGGCACCGCAAGACGUCACUGUGCGCGCUCCGGACCCUGAAUAUAUAUUUGAUGUCGUGGCUUCAGGACGAAACGAAGCUACACCAAUAUCGGACACAGACCUUGGAUUCCGAAGACUGUUGGACCCAUACGUGUCCACUUACAGGGCAUACCACAAGCCUUUCACUGCGGAGGACCAGUACGGGAUAGGGGCCAAGGAUCAUAUCACUUUCUAUUCAGAAUUUGAUGUACCGAAGGUCAGAGGCUUUGGUCCUCAACACAAGGAGAUAUGGAUGCCGUUGCUGGCCAAAGUCCACAGAGGCGUGUAUGACAGGAUUCACGUGAAGAAGGAGUACAAAGAGGUGGCUGCUUGCCAUAAUCCUGUUAACAAUAUCAAAGGGGUUUUCGUCUCAGAAAUGAAGAGGAAAUACAAGAUUCCGUUCGCAAGUUCACCCAACGCGACCUGGGCUCACGGAGAGACCUUCGACCUUGCACCUUUUCCACCUAACCCUUGGCAGACUAACAUCGCCCCCUUUAUGUACUGCAGUGAUUACUGUCAUGUUGGCCAGGGCACAAGACCUAGUACAGUAAUAGAUCAGAUGAAGCAUGAGCUGCCUCCAAGACCAGAGAGUGAUAGGAGAUAUAUCGUGUCGAGGGAUUAUGAAGCUUAG